GAACCCUCAAGUGAAACAAGACAACAUAACCCAAUGGAUGACAUUGAUCCGCAUAUUCUAAAGGAGCAUUCUGCACUGGUUGAUGCUCUGUAUGGACCCAACCACUCAGCAGCUACAACACAGACACAACCCAGUAUAGACCCUUCUUCACAGGCUUUUGCUACAACACAAACUGCCACUCAACUUAGGAUGAGGAUGCAGAAAUUGCUUGCAUGGGGAGGUAAGGGUUUUGAUGCUGCCACAAAUAUUGCCAAGGCUCAAUAUAAAGAUAAAGGUACUGAUCGCAGAAGUAAAAAAAGGAACUCUUACAAGAAGGAAAAAGGGAUGGGUACCCCCAAGAACAUCUAG